GCACGGGAUGCUGUGAUGUCUGGUCGCCACUGAGAGGAUGCUAUCGAUCAGGCGUGCAAGUCCUUCCUUCUCCGCUUUGAUAAGCAUGGUCGUGUGCGCGUUUAGACUCUUUCUGCUCCUCGUAAACAAAUUGGACAAGGUAAUGUGAGCGGGGACCGCACCAGGUCAUUAAUGCAAAACUCCUCAGCGCUGUUCGGGAUGGUGAGCCACUGCCAGACCCCUGCUUUCACCGACUUCACUGGCUUGACGCUCUCCGUGUACGGCAGCAAGGGAGACAUCUGUGCGCGGCGAGCAGGGAACGGCUUCGGAUCGCAGAUUUGCCGGAGCCCUCAUGACACCCCGACUCACAUGAACUGCGCCAGCCCGAAGCGACUCUCCGAGGAAAAAGCGCAUCUGUCAGGCAAAACUGCGCGCUUGUGCUUCUCUCUCCCGCCGGUGCAAGUGAACGGGACCUACUGCUCAGAGAAGGAUGCGAACGCUGAGCUGGGCAAUGCCGAGGGCCCCCUGAUGCGAUGUGGGCAGAGCCUGCUGCUUCCAGCGGGGGGUCAUUCGGAGGGGCUUUACUCCCAGAGCCUCCAGUGCAGCAGACCUACACCUGACCUCCUUCUGCAGGAUGGGCCUCAUCAAGACGCCAGAUCCUCCUCUGCCUUCGGGAGGACCCUGCCAGGGGCCUCGCCCGGCCUGGGCUGUGGUGGCAGCGGCGCACGCUCCUCUCUCCCUUACCCGGUCAAACAGGAGAGCUCGAUGGGCUACAAGAUCUCCAACGUGGAGUCUUCAUCUCAGGCUGGAUUUCAGGCCCACGCUGCGGGCCAAGUUUUGGAGGUGGCCAGGGAUGAGAUGGUUGGAUCGCUGCGUGUUAGCAACAACGGUAAUGGCGUAUGUGCAGUGAGCGGUGUAGGUAGCGCUGUGCCAGGAGACGCAGGACAACCGUUUAAUAAUGAAGAUGGCUCCUCCCCGCUGGCUUUGUCUCCGAUUGGCUCCCGUCAUUCAGCGCGGCUGCUCAGCGCUGGCAGUCUGAAGAGACGCUGCCUGUCCCUGGCCUCGCAAUCCACCGCCGCCGCUGCCACCGCUUCCCCAUCAGCUGUUGGCACCGCUUCUGAGGAGAUCAAUAUCACCGCAAUCAUCUGCUCCUCCUCCCAGAUGUCGAUGGUCGCCUGCGUCAACGGGUUCCGUACUAACCUCUCGCCAAGCAACACCAGCAGCGCCGGCUUCUCCUCCUCCUCCUCCUCCUCUACUGCUUCCCCACCCUCUAACUCCUGCUCACGGGAAGCCCCCCAGAGGCCCCCACCACACAGCAGCCCCCAGCAGGCUGCACUACAGGAGAGCUGUCAGCUGUCCUCACCUGCCACCUGCCUGUUGUCUCUUUCCUCUUCCUCAUCCUCUUCUUCAUUCGAGGGCUGUAACAAAGCGUUUUCUCGUCUGGAGAAUCUGAAGAUCCACCUGAGGAGCCACACAGGAGAGAAGCCGUACCUGUGCCAGCACCCUGGCUGCCAGAAAGCUUUCAGCAACUCCAGCGAUCGGGCCAAGCAUCAGCGCACUCACCUGGACACGAAACCGUAUGCAUGUCAGAUCUCCGGUUGUACCAAGCGCUACACGGAUCCCAGCUCCCUACGCAAACACGUCAAGAUCCACUCAGCCAAAGAGCAACAGGUGCGUAGGAAGCUUCGGCCCUGCCCUCACCUGGAGCAGGACGUCCUGAGCGACUGUCUGUCCAUGCAGCACCUCCAGAGCUCCGCCUCUACGCAGCACCUCUACAACGGCAAAGAUGGCCAUUCUCCUGCGUUGGGCCAAGACAUGUUCACAGGCCUGUACACUGGCUCCAGUACCCCCCAUCACAGCGCCCCAGUGGAGCUGCUCGCCCCCACCCCCAACUCCGGCUCCACCGCUGACCUGCCGACCCGACAGCACCGACUGGAUCGAGACCUCGGCAGCCCUCACCACCUGUCCCCGCUGGCUGCCAUGGACGGCACGAGAGACGGGGUGUCGGGUUCCCUCCUGUCUCCUGGGAUGAAGACAGCGGGGACAUCGCCUCCUCCGCUGGAGAAACAGCAUGUCCACCCUCACCACAAGCUUUACCCUCACUAUCACCAGCAUCAGCCUGCCAGCGACGAAUACCAAGGCAGCUUCCAGAGCUGCUUCCAUUUCGGAGACUCCUACAGGAUGGAGCAGACAGUCGGUGGCGUCCACGUCCCGGGAGAUUCUCACACCUACGCUUCACAUCAGCCCAAUGGCUUCCACAUGUCGACGAGCAACACCGGCUCUGCGGGCUUCAGCCUGACCCAGGAGCUGCAGGGAGGCGGCGGCUGCCAGUUCUUAUCCAGCCCAGAUGAUAGCAUUUUCUUCCAGGUGGGCAGCUUUGACCGUAGCUUGAGCCACAUGUCCUCCAUCUACACAGAGACAUGAAGGAACUGGAGCGAGACACGCUUCACCACACUACUCCGCGGUCCUUCCUCGUGCAUCCUCACACGCUUACAUCUUUUUUCUCUUCAGUUCUGGUUUCGUUUUUCCAAAAACAGAACAAAGAUCACAUUGUAAGUGGGUUAUUCUGACUUAAGUGCAAGAUAGAAACCAAUAAAGUGGAAAAAAUAAGGCUAAAUAUGAUGUAAAUGCAACUGUGACACUGAAUGGAAAUGGCUUCAGUGGCAAAAACAAUGGUAGUGUUUCCCAACCUUUUUUUUCUUUAAAACAUUAAACUGUCUACUUAUGAUUGCGCCUACUCAGCUGCAUCUGCUUUGAACAGUUCAAGCAAACAAAAGCUGACUUCUUUUGUACAACAUGAAUAACUUCAAAGGCCAAUGUACAAGUAAUAACACUAAAAUAAGCACGAGACUACAAAAAGGUUUGAUAAUGGGGCACCCCAUCAUGAAAACAGUCUUUAAACUUCCUGCAGUCUUUAAAUUCAUUCUAAUUCAUGCUAAUGCUAAUUAGCAUUCAGACUGAAAAACUAAAAUCCUGUUGGAUUAAAGGUCCAAGUCACCAGGCUGCAA